AUGGUGCUGCUGUGUAAAGUUUGUGGUGACGUGGCUUCAGGUUUCCACUACGGAGUUCACGCCUGUGAAGGCUGCAAGGGUUUUUUCCGCCGCAGCAUCCAGCAGAACAUCCAGUAUAAGAAGUGCGUGAAGAACGAGACCUGCAGCAUCAUGAGGAUCAACAGGAACCGCUGUCAGCAGUGUCGCUUCAAGAAGUGUCUGUCUGUGGGCAUGAGCCGCGACGCGGUCCGUUUCGGUCGGAUCCCGAAGCGUGAGAAACAGCGGAUGUUGGCAGAGAUGCAGAGCGCCAUGAACAACAUGGUGAACGACCAGCUGCAGAACGAAUUCCAGCUCGCCAGCCUCUCCUCCUCCUCCUCCUCC